AUAUUUAUCAACCAUAAAACAUCAAAAGAAUGCCAAAAAAGACUCAGAAAAAAAACAGCAAGGGUCGUUUAGAUCGAUACUAUUAUUUAGCGAAAGAAAAGGGCUACAGAGCUCGUUCUGCCUUUAAAAUUUUGCAGAUAAACGAAAAAUAUGGUCAUUUUUUGGAGAGAUCAAAAGUUGUUAUUGAUUUAUGUGCUGCACCUGGUGGUUGGUGUCAAGUUGCAACUCAGCUCUGCCCUGUAAAUUCUUUGAUUAUUGGUGUGGAUAUUGUUCCAAUGAAGAGCAUUCAAGGUUGCAUUACAGUUCAGUCCGAUAUCACUACUGAAGACUGUCGAUCGCAAUUGAGAGGUUUAAUGAAGACUUGGAAGGCUGAUACUGUUCUACAUGAUGGUGCUCCAAAUGUUGGUAGUGGAUGGUUUCAUGAUGCUUAUACCCAGUCUGAGUUAACAUUAAGAGCUUUGCAAUUAGCAGUUGAGAAUUUAGAUGUUGGUGGUACAUUUGUAACAAAAAUUUUCAGAUCCAAAGAUUAUAACAAUCUUCUAUGGGUUUUCAAACAACUAUUUGAUAAAGUUGAAGCGACAAAGCCACCAGCUUCAAGAAAUGUGUCAGCAGAGAUUUUUGUAUUUUGCAAGGGUUUUAAAGCACCUAAAAAAUUAGAUAAAAAGUUUUUGGAUCCCAAAAAUGUUUUUGAAGACGUGCCAGAUGGACCAGAAAAUAACGAAUCAAAAGUUUUUAAUCCUGAGAAAAAAGUUCGAAGAAGAGAAGGUUACGAAGAAGGGGACUAUCUUCAAUUCCGUGCGUUUCCGUUGAUGGAAUUUAUAUUAACAGAAGAGCCAAUUAAUUUUUUGGGUGGAGCCAGUCAAAUUGUUAUUGAUAAUAAAGAUUCUAAGUGGAAAUUGAUUAAAAGAUUCAAGAAAACGACACCAGAAUUGAUUGAAUGUUUUAAAGAUUUAAAAGUAUUGGGUAAGAAUGAUUUUAAAAGGAUUUUAACGUGGAGAAAAUCUGUACGAAAAUUAUUGAAUAUAGAAGACCCUAAAAAAGAUGAGCAAAAUAAACUUGAUAUUGAAGUUACGCCUUUAACAGAAGAAGAACAAAUUGAAAAGGAAUUAGAUGAAUUAAAUGAAAAGGCAAAGCUGAAGAAGAAGAGAGAGAAACGAAAAAAAAAUGAGUUGAAACAAAAAGAAAUAGUUAGAAUGCAAUUAAAUAUGUUGAAUCCUGUUGAUAUUGGUUAUGAAGCAGCCGAUAAUGAUAUUUCAUUAUUCAAUCUUAAAGCAGCCGAGAAAACAGGAAAAUUGAAUGAUAUUGCAAAAGGAAAAAUUAGAAUGACAGAUAAAUCAUUAUCAAAGGGUGGUGAAAAUAACAGCUUAGAAGCUGAUAUGGAUUUAGAUUCACAUAUUGCAAUUGAUGAAGAUAAAUUUGAAAACUUGAGCACUAAGAAUAAUAGAAGUAAAAAAAAUAAAAAAAGUGGAAACGAUGAUUCUAAUUCUGAUUCCGAUUCUGAUUUUGAGGCAAUAUCUGAAGAAUCAGAAACAGAGGGAAAUGAGGAUGAAGAUGAAGAAGAUGACAUUAUAAACAAAUUAUUAGUAUCAUCAAGUAAGUUAAAUCCAGAUAGUAAAUUGAGUAGGAAAGCAGAUUUAUUAUUCAGCAAUUCGAUUUUUGAAGAAGCUAAGGGUGAUUUGGAGAAUAUCAAUAGAAUAAACAAGAAAAAAAACAAGAAAAAUAUUAUUGGCAAUAAUAAUAAUAAUAAUAAUAAUAAUAAUAAUAAUAAUAAUAAACAAAUACUGUCUGGGGAUAACAUUGAUUCAGAUAUUGAAUCAGAAUCCAGAAGUAAUUCUAAGAUUGAACUUGUUCCAAACAAUCAUGGUAUCGAUGAAGACGAUAUAUCAAUGGAUGAAGACGACGAUAAAGAAUUAGAUCAAAAGCAAAAAGUUGAUAUUGUUACAGCAGAGGCAAUGACAUUGGCGCAUAAUCUUGCUCUAGGAAAAGUGAGCAAAAGAGAAUUGAUAGAUAACUCAUAUAACAGAUAUUCAUUUAGAGAUGUGGAUGGAGUUCCAGAAUGGUUUGUAGAAGAUGAAAAUAAACAUUCUAAGAUACUGAAACCAAUCACCAAAGAAGCAGCACUAGCGAUCAAAGAAAAGAUGAAAGCAUUAAACGCCAGACCUAUAAAGAAAGUGAUGGAGGCCCAGGGCAGAAAAAAGAUGAGAGCAUUAAGAAGACUCGAAAAGUUGAAGAAAAAAUCCGAUUUCAUCAACGAAGAUGACUCCAGAAGCGAAAGAGAUAAAGCUGAACAAAUAGGAAAAAUGAUGAAAAAAUUCACAAACAAACAGAAAACUAGGCCCAAAGUGACGCUAGUGGUAGCUAAAGGCAAAAACAAGAAGAUAGCAGGAAGACCCAAGGGAGUGAAGGGCAAAUACAAGAUGGUGGAUGGAGUGAUGAAGAACGAACAGAGAGCACUACGCCGUAUUGCAAAGAAGAACAGGAAAUAGAGGUGCACAGUCCACCAGUGGAGAGAAAACCCAAUAAUACUAUGUCUUUUAGCCCCA